AUGGCUGCCCUUCAAGUCGCUGCUGGCGACUUCUCCAAGACAUGCUCCGGCACGUCCUACUUCUCCACCACCGUCAGCUCGAACUGCGAUGACAGCGAGGAGGGAGACUCUUACUCGACCGACCUGGAUAUGACCAAGUGCCUGGCCAAUGUCGGAGGCAAGAUUGUCUGCCGUCCUGCCAACCCUUCGUUUAAGUUCUGCGACUGCGGUCUUGCAGGCGACAAGAAGGUCCUGAACUGCCGCUGCACUGACUCCACUGGCACGAAGAGACCCUCCUCCCUGAACCUUGACACGUGCUUGAGCAACAUUAAUGGAGACCUCAAGUGCUAA